UAUACAAAUACAAAGACUGAACAUUUUGGUAAAGAGUAACAAUAACAAUACCUACUUGUUUGCUUAUACAUAUGGAGGAAAGGGAUGAAAUUAUCCUUGUUCUUCAUGUCUUAAUUUUUCUAGUUGCACUUUUUUGGUACAUUUUUGUAAGAAGGAACCGAAGGUUUAAAGCUAAACUCCCUCCGGGCACACUCGGAUGGCCUUAUAUCGGUGAAACACUCCAACUGUAUUCGCAAGAUCCAAACGUCUUCUUUGCUAAGAAGCAAAAAAGAUAUGGUGAGAUUUUUAAGACCCAUAUUUUGGGUUGUCCUAGCAUCAUGUUAGCUAGUCCAGAGGCAGCCCGAUUCGUGUUGGUUAAUCAAGCUCACUUGUUCAAGCCAACAUAUCCCAAAAGCAAAGAGAAUUUAAUAGGCCCCUUGGCACUUUUUUUCCAUCAAGGGGAGUAUCACACUCGGAUAAGAAAGCUAGUCCAAGGUUCCUUUUCACUUGACAAUCUCCGGGCUUUGGUCCCAGAUAUUGAAGCAAUCGCGGUCUCUGCCUUGGAGUCAUGGGUAGGUGGCCACGUGGUUGAUACAUUUCAUGAAAUGAAAAAGCUGUCAUUUGAAGUUGGAAUACUCGCUAUAUUCGGACACUUGGAUGCCAGACACAAAGAUCAACUAAAGAAGAACUACAGCAUAGUAGACAGAGGUUACAAUUCUUUGCCAAUAAAGUUACCAGGCACCCCCUUUAAAAAAGCUUUCUUGGCUAGAAAACGGCUGCAGAAUAUAUUAAGAGAAAUCAUUUUUGAGAGGAAAGAAAUGAAGGUAGCAGAGAGAGACCUUCUUGGAAGUCUUUUGAAUUCGAAAGACGAAAAGGGUGAAAUUCUGAGUGAAGAUCAUAUAGCUGAUAACAUUAUUGGAGUUCUGUUUGCGGCUCAAGAUACCACGGCCAGUGCAUUGACAUGGAUUCUUAAAUACUUGCAUGAUCACCCAAAACUUUUAGAGAUUGUGAAGGCUGAACAGAAGGCUAUCUACCAGCUUAAUGAUGAUGGAAAUCAUCCCUUGACAUGGGCCCAAACUAGAAAUAUGCCAGUCACUUGCAAGGUGAUAAUGGAGAACCUGAGAAUGGCAAGCAUCAUAUCGUUCACAUUUAGAGAAGCAGUUACUGAUGUAGAAUACAAAGGUUACCUAAUUCCCAAAGGCUGGAAGGUCAUGCCUUUGUUUAGGAAUAUCCACCACAAUCCUGAAUUCUUUCCUAAUCCAGAGCAAUUCAACCCAUCAAGAUUCAAGGUCGCGCCGAAACCCAACACAUUUAUGCCAUUUGGAAGCGGUGUCCAUGCCUGUCCUGGAAAUGAGCUAGCUAAGCUAGAAAUGCUCAUUAUGAUUCAUCAUCUAGUCACUAAAUACAGAUGGGAAGUGGUGGGAUCCGAAAGUGGGAUUCAAUGUAGUCCUUUUCCAGUGCCAAUACAUGGACUUCCUGCAAGAUUUAAGAAGGAAUCUACCCACGAAAAGGGAGCAGCAUGUGGUGCUUCUUAUGAUAUGUAAAAGGCAAACUUAGCUAUCAUUUUUUAGCCCAUCCCCAUAUUAAGUCAUCUGAGGAUAGAAGAUUCCUGCCUUUUGCUCUAUAAUGUUGCCUUUUUGUACCACCUCUAUUGAUGCAAUUUUCAAUCAAGAUAUAUCAGCUAGUAUUAUUAAAGAGACAUUGGACUGAAUUGAAGAGCUUGUUUGACUUUUGCCUUUUGUUUUCGUUUUCUUUUUUCUUGAUAUGUAAAAUCGAAAGAAUCAUCCAGAAGAACAAUGCCACGUAAGUCUCUGAUUUCUCGGUGUGAUUACAAAAGCAGCAGAGGGAAGGAGUGCCCUCCAGAUGAGGACAUCUUCUUGGUCAAAUAAAAUUUCCUGACCACACUUAAUGCACCUUUCGGUUGAUACGAUCAUGUUCUCAAAUCAUUUCAGAAUUUGAUAGAAUCUGUCGAAGUUGUAAAGGAUGCUACCUUUAAUAAUAAUAAUAAUUGGAAAAGCUGUGUAAUAUACAAAUCAAUCAUAGAAGAAUUUCAUACGUA